GAUUGCUAAUUUAGGACCCCGACAGCUCACCCAACGACUUCGUGAUCGCAGCGGGAAUCAAUCACAAUGGGUAAGCAGAUCUAAUUAUCUCGUUCCCUUCUCCAGCGCCGACGACCACGAGAGCUUGCCGAUACACGAUGGAACUCGACAACAUGCUCAAGGCACGCUAUUGCCCGACGAUGGAGUUAUGAUUGGAAUGAGAGACUCUCAGAUCCGGGCAUGAGAAGAUAUACGGACAUGGAAUCUCGUCAGGGGGAUGAGGAUUGCUCUGGUCGUCUGCAGGAAUACCAGGUGAUUGGGCGCCAUCUGCCCACGGAGUCCAACCCGACUCCGGCCCUCUACCGCAUGCGCAUCUUUGCGCCGAACGAGGUCGUUGCCAAGUCCCGUUUCUGGUACUUCCUUCGCGGUCUCCGCAAGGUCAAGAAGGCCACUGGCGAGAUCGUCACCGUCAAUGUGAUCUCCGAGAAGCACCCCCUCAAGGUGAAGAACUUCGGCAUCUGGAUCCGCUACGACUCGCGGUCAGGCACCCACAACAUGUACAAGGAGUACCGUGAGACCUCUAGGACUGCUGCCGUUGAGGCUCUCUACGCCGACAUGGCCGCCCGCCACCGUGCCCGUUUCAGGUCCAUUCACAUCCUCCGCGUUGUUGAGAUCGAGAAGACCGAGGACGUCAAGCGCCCGUACAUCAAGCAGCUCAUCACCAAGAAGCUCUCUUUCCCUCUCCCCCAUCGUGUGCCGCGUAUCAACACCAAGAAGGUAUUCAGCGCGACGCGCCCGUCUACUUUGGCUUGAGGGAUUUCAUGGUUGCGGUUGGGGUUGGCAGGUUCUUGAGGUGUUCAUUAGGAAAAUGGGAUAUCCUGCAUUUGCUCCCUAGGACGAGCACGAAGUGAAUCAACGGUCAAGCAUGGGUUUGCGUUUGUUUGUGAGCAAAUCAUUGGCCCUUUUCUGGUCCUUGUGGAGUGCCGGGAAUCGAGCUUCUGGGUGGCAUAGCUUCAUCUGCCUUUCUGUUCCUUGACGAGGCCUUGCCUUGCCAUUGAUGGUCCCAGCGGCUGUGGCCUGGUGGGCCUCUGGGAUGACCGGGGCAGGGCGGCGUUGA